UCAGUUCUGGGUCUCAUCGUCGGAUACAAGUGAAGAAGUUUAAUGAUGGAGCUGCUGUCCAUUUCACGGUUCAUUCACAGAUGAAGUAAAAUGAGAAAUAUGGUGCGAGAUCGAGAUGUGGGCUAAGCUGAUAGAUGUUUCAAAUCAUUUAGAUGGGUUUGGUGGUAAUGGAAUGACUACUACAAGCAAUUAGGGAUUUGAUCUCACUGUUUUUAAUGGAAUUUGGGGGUGUUGACCUAAGCUGAAAUUGGGCUUAACUCAAAGUUCUCAAUGAAGAAAAAAUGCACAGCAACAAAGAAGAAAUGGGUUUCAUCCAUUGAAGAUUUGGGGGUUUUCUUAGUCGUCCGAGAUUGGUGUUGGCUGCCAUAUUAGAUUAUUGUUUUCGAAUUCAGUCAACAGCGGCAACAACAAUAAACAAUUGAUUUGGAGAUUUCUGGUGCAAACUGGAAUUCAUUGUUCUUGAGAUAAUUAAGGUAGGAAAUGUCAACAACAACAACAAAUGGAGUUGGUGUUUUGCUGGUGGUGAUUCAAUUGAUCUGGGAAAGUUGUGAAUGGUGGCUAUUAAAGUAGGGGGUAUUGGUGUAGUUUGAGCAGUGAAGUGUGAGUCCAAAUGGAGGCGUUUUUCCGUGAUCUGAAGAUGGGUCUUGAGGUGGUCCGAUGUUAGCUGGAUUGGUACCAGACAAGUGAACAUGAUGUGUUUGAGAAAUUGUCUCAAUAAAUCAAACAAUGGAAGAAGAUUUUGAGCUGAAACAAGAUGGAGAAAGGGGUUUGUCUGAUGAUGUUGUUGGGUGUGAUUGUUUGAGGUACAAAGCUAAUGUUGCUGGUGAUGACUUGAAGUCUGCAAUGGUUGGAAGUUGAACUGAACAGCAGCAGCUCUCUGCAAAGUGGUGAUGAUUCUAGUGUUCCCUACAAACACUAGUGUUGUUGCUAUUGUUGUACAGCUCUGAACUCAAUGGCAUUAUUGCAGUCAGUUGUGAUGAUUAGACAGAAAAUAAGAAGCUGGUGCUGGUGUGAAGAUAGAAAGUGAAGUUGGGGUCCGAGUGUUGACUGAUUUGAUUAUGCUGCGAAGAAGGUGCUUGGUUGAACUGUUAGAAGCGUUGUGGUCGAUGGAAGUGAGUGCCUAAAUUUAGAAGCUCAGUGAAUGGAAAUUGAUUGUAUUAGUUGUAUGCAGACAUGGUAAUGGCCUGGAGUUGGAAAUGGUAUUUGAACUGAAUGGGUUUGGUAUACGGCCUGUUUGUGACUGGAUUGGGCUUGGGCAAUGCUUGGAUGGUCCAGCUGGAAGACUGCACGACACCUAUAAAUAUGCAUGAGAGAAAGAUUCAAGGGGAGGCCGCAUACAGGGAAGAAACGAGGUACUCUUGUUGCGGCGUUGACGUUUUACCAAGAGAAUGAGUCCAGGCCUCUCGGAGAAUACAUGUAUGGACCACAAUAUCUGGAGAUUCGGGAACAAAAUCGUCUCAGGUAUGGAAAUCCUUAUCAGCAUUACUGCGAAAUUGAUGAUUAUCCACAUGAGUACCAAAGUUACCAUCGGGAUGAUUUGUCGCAUGCUGAGAUUCUCAACCAGAAUAUAGCUAGUUUGGAAAGACGGUUAGAGAUGCUAGAAAACCAGAGGUCAUAUGAAAAUAAUAACCAGGUUUAUAGUAACUCGUGUUCCACAGAAUUCUUUGAUCAUUCACAUAUGUACCAAACCCAAUACCAUGGGGAUAAUUAUUUGCAUGAGGUAUGUGAACAAUCUUUGAAUUGGCAGCACAAUGAGGUUUUAGACUAUAGAAAUUUGAGCUUGGAAGAUAGCUUAAGGUUGUAUACAUUAAAAAUUAGUCGAAAAACUUCUCAACUUCAACAGACCACUCAAAAAGCUUUAGAGAACAUUGAAUAUCAAGUAGGUCAAAUGGCUAGACAGUUGGAGGAGGAACAAAGUUGGUUCCCAAACCAGUCUCAUUCCCUAUCUAAUUGUACUUCAUAGUAUAAUGAUUAUUCUUCUGAGGAAGAAACUGAUAAUGAUCAACUUGUAGAAGUUCUGAGUGUAAGUGAGGAUACCCAAAAUUCUCGAAAUUCAGAUAAUUAUGAUGUAGAAGAACCUGAGUAUGUAGAGGAUGCCACUGUUGAGUUUAACGACUCAGAGGCAGUAGAUGUUUACAAUGAGAAAUAUUCUAACCAUUUGAAUUGUGAGAUUUAUAAAGGUCACUUAGUUAAAGAUCCCAUUAUGCAUGAAGUUAAAGAUACUUAUUGCAUUUUGCUGAUUCUAAAGAUCCCAUUAUGCAUGAAACUAUUGCUGCAGCAGGUCCAUUUUUCGUUGAUCCAUCUAAUAGUUCUCGAGAUGCAUGUGUGAAUGUGGAGCCAAUUGAUACAUGGCAGUUAACUUGGACUGCUGAUUUUGAACCGCUCUCCACGUGUUUAGCCCAUUUUGUAGACUCCGAUGACCCUUUGCUAAUUGACAUUGUCAAUGCAUUUGAUUCUUCGAUGAGUAAUAUAGGUAACUUAACAAUGGAAAUUAUUUCCGCGGACCUAGACCCAGAUUUAGGGGUUAUUGCUUUUGAUGAACUUGAACCACGAGACACAUGUUUAAAUCAUUUUGAGUGUGGUGCUUUGAUGCCUAUUGUAAUGGUUAGCGUAUUGCUUCCUCCGAUUUCUAGUGAAGAUAGUUUGUCCACUGAAAAUAUUUCAGCUGAACUUGAACCAGAUUUAGAGUCUGCACUCCGAUUACACACCAUUGAACAAUCUGUAUUUGUUGAUGUGAAUAAUUUACUUGUCCUGACAGAGUAUGGCAUGAUUAUUAUGGACUGUUUUGAACAGGGAAUGGGUUUUCACAUAUGCUUGGCUGAUUAUCGUCUUCGCGGGUUCGUAUUUACAGCUUACCUGAUAUGUUGGGUUGAUUCCUUACUUUUCAGAUUAUAUUUAUAUGCUUGGCAGGUUGUUGUUGUGUAUCACCUUCGCUUUGUUUGAGAUUACUUGUUGCGCCCAAGCAGGGAACGAUUACCAAUUGCUUCGUGGAUUUCAUCCCUUCUCUGCUUUCCCAAACCUGAUUGGGAGGAUUAGGCUUUUCGGCGGAAGCAGUGGUCGAGGCGAAGACCCACUUUCUAUAUACUAUCAAAUUAUUCUAAUUCUACAAGUUUUGGCAGUGGAAGCGAAUCUUCUCCAAUUUUAAACUCUGGAAUUGUUUAUGAAUACAUAAGCGCCUAGUUUACUUCAUUCACUCGUGCAAGUAAUCCAGGUCUACACUCUUUUUAGCAAUCAUCCUCUAUUCCUUCCACUGAGGUUACAAAUUCAGCUUUCUUCCCAAGUUUUUAACUACUCUCUCUUGCGCAAUAUACAAGUCAAUAGCAUGAAUUACACUUGGCAAAUUUCAAGUUUUGAACUUGACUGGGAAUGCAUAUAUUUACAUUCCCACUAUCUUCACAACAUUCAUACAAAAAGAUUUUGCCAAAGAACUCAUUUCACAAACUACACAGCUCACUUGUGUGUCUCAACCCAGGAAAAGCAAAAAGUUUACAUUGUCUGCAAAGAAAUCUUGCCAAGUCAGUUAAUCAAUUCAAUGGCCUCUUCUUCAACUAGUCUCAAUAUCGAUACUGAUAACUCUCUGAGAAACAAAAAUUUGUCAAGAAGAAACAACAAGCAUGUCAACCUGUAAGGAAAAGGGAGAAUUAUUGAUUCUUAUGCUCUAAUCGGAUAUGUUUGUAGAGAAAGUGAAGUCACUAGGAAUGUUGUCAGUUUUGCAAUCAGGCAAAGAUGGGGUGCUCAGAACGAAGUGGUGAUUAUUACAACUGGAAGGAGGAAUGUUUUCAUCUUCAGAAUACGCUCAAGAGAGAUCUUUCAAAGAGUCUUAAGGGAAAGACCCCAUUCAGUAGGAGGACACUUGCUAGUUCUACUACCUUGGCAGUUUCAUAUGAAUGUGCAUAGAGCUAUUUUUCAAUUUGAAGUCUUCUUUAUUGAGUUUAGGCUCAGAGCUGACCUGGAUAGAGACAACAUUCCUUUUCAGAUUGCAUCUCAAGCUGGAGAACCAAUUACUAUAUUUAAUAGAGAUCCAACUGGUGUUGUCAAAGCAGAAAUUAGACUGGAUGUUAAUCUGCCUAUUGUUAGAAAAGUGCAUAUAACUCUGGAGGAUGGAGAAAUAAUUAAAGUAGCUAUCUUUUACCUGGGAUUUCCAUCAGCAACAUGUAGAAGUUGUUAUGUUUUCAAUCACAAUGAAAACUACUGUGGGAUGAUUGCUAAUGUAGCCUGGAUGGCUGUGCCAGUUCUAAACUUGCAAGGUGUUGACCCUUUUGAAGAACAAGUAGAAGAAUUAGUGCAAGUUAUUCAGCAGAACAUGGAUAUACAAAAUGGUGAUGGAGCUCAAGCUAAUCAAGAACCAGUUAUUGAGGCUGAGAAUAAUUUUGAGGAAGUAAAUGAAGCUGGAGCAGACAACAUAGCUCUUAAUGUGGAUGAGAAUGAUACUGAGGUUUCAAAGAACCAAAAUGAUGAAGGGAACGAAGAGGUUAAUAAAGAAAUUAUUGUUGAUAUAGGGGUUGAUAACUCAGCAAAUGGAACUUAUGUGUCAGAAAUCAACAGAUUUGACUUAAGAACCAAUAAGAGAAGGAUGACCGAAGAUGUUAUCUUGGAAGCCAUGGAAAUGGAGGGUUACAUCCAAUAAAUUGAUAGAGCUCUUCAUGUUCUUGUUGAUGAAGUUGUGAAUGAUGGAGCUUCUAGAAGAAUGGAGUUGGGUGAAUCUUCAUCUAGAGAAAAAAUUAUGAAUGACAUUGAAGGUGUGGACAAUGUAUAUGGUCUUGGUGGGUCUGAUACUUUUUCUGCUGCAGAUGCUGGAAAUCAAAACCUUUCAAUAAAUCAGGUUCCUUUUUAUCACUAUUUUAAAAAAAAUUUUGCUCUUGAUUUCUGCUUUAGCCAUUUAAGUUUCCACAUCUUCUCCUUUUUUAAUCUUUGCAACCAAA